UUUUAUCUGUUCAAGUACUUAUUACGUUACACGCCAAUGUGUUUGUGCUCAUGAUUCAGCAAAACGUUAAUUUCACAUCAUAAAUUGCCGGUAACUGUUCCAGGGAACAUUGUAGUGACGAUCGUCGUUUUGAUCAGUCGAGAAACUUCUGAAAAUGGUUAAAGCCGUGUGCGUUCUUCAGGGAGAUGCCAAAGGCACUCUUUACUUCGAACAACCGGAUGCUUCAAGCGCUGUGAAGGUCACCGGUUCAGUUAGCGGCUUACAGAAAGGAUUGCAUGGUUUUCAUAUUCAUGAAUUUGGUGACAAUACCAAUGGAUGCACAAGUGCUGGUGCUCACUUCAAUCCGUUAGGAAAAGAACAUGGUGGACCACAGUCAGAUGUUCGUCAUGUUGGAGAUUUAGGAAAUGUUGAAGCAGGUGCAGACGGUGUUGCUAAUGUUAACAUUACUGAUAAGAUGAUCCAGCUUCAAGGAGAACACAGCAUAAUUGGCAGGACUCUUGUGGUCCAUGCUGACCCAGAUGAUCUUGGCAAAGGUGGUCACGAAUUGUCAAAAACCACAGGCAAUGCUGGUGCUCGUCUUGCUUGCGGCGUGGUCGGCAUUACGAAAGCUUAAACUCGUAUAUUCUGAUAUAAUAUUGAAAUCUAUAAAUCUAUGAAACAUAGAAUAUAACUAUUACAGUCAAAAUAUGAGUUCAAAUAUCAUUCCCAAUUUCCUGUAAUAGGAAUAUGUUAUGUAUGUUAUAGUUUUUCGUAUACUGAUAUUGUCUCCAAUAAAGUAUAUCUUAUAAUGUA